CCAUGCAAAAUGCAACAACAAUGCAUCGUUCGUUCGUUGCAAACAGCAGCUAGUACGUGUUCGAUCGUUGCAUGCACGACGCAAACAUGGCCAUGUCGUCGCGAAGCUUAGGCGCCCUAGCCGCCUUCGUCUUCCUCUGCUCAGCUGCCUCCAUGUCGUCCUCCAUGGCCGCCACGGACAGCUUCCUCCAAUGCCUCUCGGCGAGCAUACCCAGCCAGCUCCUGUACACGCAGAGCUCGCCGUCGUACACGUCGGUGCUGGACGCCGGCAUCCGGAACCCUAAGUUCCUGACGAACACCACGCGGCCGGUCUGGAUCAUCACGCCGACGAACGCCUCCCACGUCCAGGCCGCCGUGCUCUGCGGCCGCCGGAACGGCGUCCGCCUCCGCAUCCGCAGCGGCGGGCACGACUACGAGGGCCUCUCGUACAGGUCGGAGCGGCCGGAGACGUUCGCCGUGCUCGACCUCGUCAACAUCCGCGCCGUCCGCGUCGACGCGGCGUCCGCCACCGCGUGGGUGGACUCCGGCGCGACGCUCGGGGAGAUGUACUACGCCAUCGGGAAGGCCGGCGGCCGGAUCGCGUUCCCGGCCGGCCUGUGUCCGACCGUCGGCGUCGGCGGCCACUUCAGCGGCGGCGGCUUCGGCAUGCUGCUCCGCAAGUACGGCCUCGCCGCCGACAACGUCGUCGACGCCGUCCUCGUGGACGCCAAGGGCAGGCUCCUCGACAAGAACUCCAUGGGCAGCGACGUCUUCUGGGCGCUCCGCGGCGGCGCCGGCGAGAGCUUCGGGAUCGUGCUCUCCUGGAAGGUGAAGCUCGUGGCCGUGCCGCCGACCGUCACGGUGUUCAACGUCCCGGUGACCGUGAGCCAGGGCGCCAUCGACGUCGUCACGAGGUGGCAGGCCGUCGCGCCGUCGCUCCCCGACGACCUGUUCAUCCGCGUGCUCGUCCAGGGCCAGAGGGCCAGCUUCCAGUCCCUCUACCUCGGCACCUGCGACGCGCUGCUGCCGGUGAUGCGCAGCCGCUUCCCGGAGCUCGGCAUGAACCGGUCGGACUGCAGGGAGAUGACUUGGAUCCAGUCCGUCCCCUACAUCUACCUCGGCAGCAGCGCCACCGUGGAGGACAUCCUGAACCGGACCAUCGCCAUGGACACCUCCAACAAGGCCACCUCCGACUACGUCCGGCAAGCCAUCGGCAGGGACACGUGGAGCGCCAUCUUCGGGUGGCUCGCGCGGCCCAACGCCGGGCUGAUGAUCCUGGACCCGUACGGCGGGCAGAUCGGCAGCGUGGCGGAGGCGGCGACGCCGUUCCCGCACCGCGGCGGCGUGCUCUACAACAUCCAGUACAUGAACUUCUGGAGCGCGGCGGGCGGAGGCGGCGGCGGCGCGGCGCAGAGGGCGUGGAUCAGGGACUUCUACGCGUUCAUGGCGCCGUUCGUGAGCAAGGACCCGAGGGAGGCGUACGCCAACUACAGGGACCUGGACCUCGGCGAGAACGUGGUCGGCGCCGGCGGCGUCAGCAGCUACGACGCCGGCAAGGUGUGGGGGGAGAAGUACUUCAGGGGGAACUACCAGCGGCUCGCCAUGGCCAAGGCGCAGAUCGACGCCGACGACUACUUCAGGAACGAGCAGAGCAUCCCGCCACUUGUCGCCGGAAAAUGACGAGCCAAUUCAAAUGUAGCAUGGCCUACUCCCUCCGUCACAUAAAAAAUAAUCUAGUGCCGGAUAUAAUUAGGAAGUAUCAGAUUUAAUACUAAAUUAGUUUUUUAUGAGAUGGAGGGAGUAGUGCAUGGCAGACAGUCAAACUAAUAGCUGUAAAAAUCUUUGGUCAUGUGUAAAGAUGCGUGGUGUAUAGGGUAGCUACGCCGUCUAUAUGUUUGAAAAUUCAUCACUGUACUUAUCUUUUUUUUCUUCCAAUUGUAUUUUGUGGUGCGGAUCGAUGUACUAUCUUUCACAUAAGCUGAGCUUAUUGCGUGCUCCAUUCGUUGUAGUGAGUUUCAUGUAAAGGUCAAAAAUAGUUGUGUACGUUGUAAUUGUAUUUAAUUUCGUAAAUAAACAUAAGAUCUAGUAGUUGACGUUUGA